CAGCUGUAAGUGCUUGAAGCUGCUGCUCGAACUUUUUCAAAACACAGUCAUGGGAAACUGAUAGGAGGACACCUAAUAGCAGCAAGUGCCUCUACUUGUCCAUCCAGGUUCUUUGGAACUAAAAAAUGGCAUUUCGAAAGGCAGUAAAAGGAACUGUUCUCAUUGGAGGAGGUGCCAUAGCAACAAUUUUUGGCCUCUCUCAAUUUUCUCAGUAUAGAAACAAACACGGCAACCUUGUAUAUGUUCAAGCAGCAGAACCUGCAAAUGUUCCAAUGAAAAAUCACCUUCCUGCAAGAGAAGAUCAGUUACUAGCUCUACAAAACACAAGUGAAUUUGAUGUGCUAAUUAUAGGAGGAGGAGCAACAGGGAGUGGCUGCGCUUUAGAUGCUGUUACUAGAGGACUAAAAACAGCCCUUGUAGAAAGAGAUGAUUUCUCAUCGGGGACCAGCAGCAGGAGCACUAAAUUGAUCCAUGGUGGAGUGAGAUAUCUUCAGAAGGCCAUCAUGAAGUUGGAUUUUGAGCAGUACAAGAUGGUAAAAGAGGCACUUCAUGAGCGUGCCAAUUUGCUUGAGAUCGCUCCUCAUCUGUCCUCUCCUUUACCUAUAAUGCUUCCUGUUUACAAAUGGUGGCAGUUACCGUAUUACUGGGUGGGAAUAAAACUCUAUGACCUCGUAGCAGGAAGUCAGUGUCUGAAAAGCAGCUAUGUCCUCAGCAAAUCAAGAGCUUUGGAACUUUUUCCAAUGUUACAGAAAGAUAGGCUUGUAGGAGCUAUUGUCUACUAUGAUGGACAACACAAUGAUGCACGAAUGAACCUUGCCAUUGCCCUCACUGCUGCCAGGUAUGGUGCUGCCACAGCCAAUUACACUGAAGUGGUGCACUUGCUGAAGAAGACAGAUCCAAAGAGCGGGAAGGAGCGUGUCUGUGGCGCACAUUGCAGGGAUGUUUUAACAGGGCAGGAAUUUGAUGUCAAAGCCAAGUGUGUUAUCAAUGCUACGGGACCUUUCACAGACUCUGUGCGCAAAAUGGAUGAUCAGGAAGUAGCAAACAUCUGUCAGCCAAGUGCAGGCGUGCAUAUUGUGAUGCCUGGUUAUUAUAGCCCUGACAACAUGGGGCUGCUUGACCCAGCAACUAGUGAUGGCCGAGUGAUUUUCUUCCUGCCGUGGGAAAAGAUGACUGUUGCUGGGACAACAGAUACUCCAACUGAUAUCACUCCUCACCCAAUACCUAAAGAAGAAGAUAUCAACUUUAUUUUGAAUGAAGUGCGCAACUACCUGAGUUGUGAUGUUGAAGUGAGAAGAGGAGAUGUCUUGGCAGCAUGGAGUGGCAUUCGUCCCCUGGUCACAGAUCCCAACUCUAAAGACACGCAGUCAAUAUCGCGGAAUCACAUUGUUACUGUCAGUGACAGUGGCCUUGUAACCAUAGCAGGUGGGAAAUGGACAACCUAUCGCUCCAUGGCACAGGAUACCAUUGACGCUGCUGUCCAGGCUCACAAUCUCAUGGCAGGCCCCAGUAAAACAGUAGGACUUUUAUUACAGGGGGCGAAAGACUGGAGUCCUACUCUUUACAUUAGACUGGUCCAGGAUUAUGGACUUGAAAGUGAGGUGGCUCAGCAUCUUGCUUCUACGUAUGGUGACAAGGCUUUUGAGGUGGCCAAAAUAGCCAAGGUUACUGGCAUGAGGUGGCCUAUUGUUGGAAAACGUCUCGUGUCCGAAUUUCCAUAUAUUGAAGCAGAGGUGAUAUAUGGUGUAAAAGAGUACGCCCUCACAGUAGUUGAUAUGAUCUCGCGUCGUACUCGCCUGGCCUUCCUGAAUGUGCAGGCUGCUGAUGAAGCCCUACCAAGAAUUGUUGAUAUCAUGGGGAAGGAACUUAAUUGGAGUGAACAACGGAAAAAGGAAGAACUUGCAGCUGCAAAAAAGUUUCUGUACUAUGAAAUGGGAUAUAAGGCUAAAUCGGAGCAAUUAACGGACAGUUCUGAAAUCAGUCUUGUACCUUCAGAUAUUGAAAGAUAUAAGAAGAGAUUUCACAUGUUUGAUAAAGAAAAUAAAGGAUUUAUUACCAUACUGGAUGUCCAACGUGUCUUAGAGAGUGUCAGUAUUCAAAUUGAUGAAAAUACACUUCACGAUAUUUUAAAUGAAGUGGAUUUAAACAAAAAUGGACAGGUGGAACUCGAUGAGUUUUUACAGCUCAUGAGUGCUAUUCAGAAGGGCUAUGUCUCUGGGAGCCGACUUGCAGUGCUCAUGAAGACUGCUGAAGAGAAUCUACAUCAGAGAGUUGUAAUUCCAGUGGAUCGAAGUGGAGGUGGACUGUGAGUCUAACUACAAAACCUGCUUACAGCUACAAGAUAGUGGAUAUGUGUAGCUGCUUCUGUGUGUGGAAAAACAUUCCAAUGCUUUCGAUUUGUCUCUGCUUAUUCAACAUGAUCAGUAUCUGGCAUUCAGUGCCGCUUCUCGAAAAAGUACAUUGGCGCAUUUAUCUUUUCCUUAUUAACAUUUUCUGAACAGCUGUUAAUGCUUCAAUAUGUGGCCUUUUGGACUGAACAUGCUUUAGGUGUAGAAUUUAUUAGUGGGAAUUCAGAGUCCUGUCUGGAAAAGAUUUGUGUGCGCACGCACACACGUAUGCAUACAGACAUGCACAUGCACCACCAGCCUUGUUCAUUAAACUUUGGUAUCCUUAAAAAGAAAAAAAAAAAAAGAUG